AUGAGUUCUUAAUAAAAUAAACAGAAAGAUGUUGUCAAUAAAUAAAUGACAUUUGCACUGAAUCCAAAGCCUGAUAAUAAUAUAACAGGUCCAAUCAAAUUAAAUAAAGCUAAUAGUUAUGAUCUUAGUCAUGUGAAAAGUGAACCUUUAUAAAAAGCAACAAAUCAAGUAUCAAAAUCAAACAUAGGAAUAAUUUAAGACAUAGAAUAAUAAGUAAUUUUAAAUAUCACAAUGGUAGAACAAAAAUAUCGAGUCUAAAAGUUUGAAGAAAUAAAAUAAAAUAAAGUAUAUUGCAACUAGGUACAUGUGUCAAUAAAUUUGCAUAGAUCAAUUGCUGGAUUAAAAGCCUACACAAAAGCAUUGAAAGAAAACUAAGAUUCUUUAUUCUAUAAGUUGGAAAUCAAUAAAUAAACUGAUAAAAACUUAUUUCUUUUGGCAGAUGGUCAUGGUGAAUACGGUGAUAAAGUAUCCCAAUAUGCAAUAUAAAAACUUUCUGAUUGCAUAAAUGACAUGUUAGUAUCAAUGGACACUCAAUCAAAAAGUGUAGAAUAACUUAAUUCAAAUAUUAUAACAUGCUUCUAAAAAAUUGAAUCUAAUCUAGUAAUACAAUCUAUAUAAUUAUUAGGUUAACUUAUCAAAUAUUGAUAUUGCCAAUAGCGGUACUACAAUGAAUUUAGUUUUAACUUUUGAAAAUUAUUUAAUAUCUGCUAAUAUUGGUGAUACAAGAACAUUUUAUUUUUAAAGAAGUGAUAAAGCAGAUUAACUUGGACCAGCUACUUUAAGAAUCAAACAAUUAUCGAUUUAGCAUACUCCUGAAAAAGCAUUAGAGUCAAAAAGGAUUUUAGAAUAAGGUGGAAAAAUUGAGUAAGAUACAUAAGGUUUUCAAAAGACAGGACCUUUGAAAGUAAAGUCAAAAAAAUAAGAUAUAAAAGGUGUUACAAUAACAAGAUCAUUUGGAGAUACAUUAGCAAAAUAAGUGGGGAUUAUAUCAGAACCAGAAAUUCAUACUUUCUAAAUUUUAUAAGAAGGAUUUUUAAUAUUAGCCACAGGAUCAAUUUUAGAUAUGAUUGAUAUUAUAGAUAUUUGUAGAAUCUUAACUCCAAUCACUCCUCCUAAUAGUUAAGCAGCACUUGAUCAAGCAGCAGGAUAAAUUAUAGAAGAGGCAAGAAAAAAGGCAAAACCUCAACCUGAUAUAUAGGAUGAUUAUUCAUUGAUUUUAGUUUAUAUUGAAAUGGAUUUUGCUUGA